AUGGAUGCGAUGGAUAUUCGUCCACCUGUGGUAUCUUUGGUAUCCACCUGUUCGCAAGCGCUUCCGCUCCGACGACGACGACGAAGAAUGCGAUCUGCGAAAGCGGCUGCUCGACUCGCAGCGGCUGAUUGCGAUUUCCGACUAGGUACGUACUCUUGCUACGCUAAGACGGCGGCACGGGUCGUCGACGACGGACGGUCGGCAGGCAGCACUUGGGACGAUAUCAACAAUGGCGGCAGAAGGCGCAACAGAGUGCAGACGACAAACGCGAGCAGGGUCGCAGUGCGGGUGCACGACGAUACGACUGCGCGAACGACUGAAACCGAACAAGCGGAGCCGAAGAAUGACGCCAGAAAAGACCGGGAACUCGAACGAGACGGCGAGGCGGCGGCGGCGAGGUCGCGUCGGUUAUUCGAUUGGGACACUGACCAUGGAUUACCACGCUCACGGCGGCGGCGGGGGCGCGCGGUGUGA